UGUCCGCCUUAAAUCAGCGAUCGUGUCAGUUGGGACGAGUAAAGCUUGGCGUAUUCUGCUAGUCAUUGACAUACAAUAAACGAUUUUGUCAACAAGUCUAGCAAUAUCGUGAAACAUCUUGUUAGGGUGCUGAUACAUCACGUCAUUUUUGCUUCGGUUGAUUUAACAAAUCGUCUUUGGGGGGUUUUAUCAGAAGGAAUGUGAGUCAGCUAGCUGGCUAUGCUAACAGCUUCAAAACGGUUUCAUUUCCUCAGUUAUGCAAAUUACGGUUUCCAACCAUUUUUAUUGUAAACAUACUUAUUUACUUUGCAUAUUGAACCUUUUCACAUUGAAGCCAAUAAGGAUUGACUUUUUGCUAGGAUUUUGUUUUGAAGAGGAAAAGCUUUGCUAAUCGUAGAAUGUAAUGGUUUUUAAAUGUUUGUUGGUGUAGUUGUAUCACUCAUUGCAGUGUAAAGCUUAAUGAGCUCAUGUCUAGACACCAAAACUACAUGGGAAGUUUACUGCAUUUGUUGUGAUGCUCAAUUUCAGAUACAAUUAUGUGCAGAUUACUUUAUAUAAAAAAUAAUAAGACAUUAACUUGCAGUCUAAAUACUCUCAAAGAUUGAUUAAAUUAUCCAAUAUUUUCCUUUGAACAUGAUCGUCUCCAGGAUGGCAGAUGGAGAGGGGUUUGUGGUCCGUGUUAGAGGACUGCCCUGGUCCUGCUCUGUUGAUGAAGUUCAGAGGUUUUUCUCAGAGUGCAAAAUUGCAAACAAUGGGACAAGUAUACAUUUUACGUACACGAGGGAAGGGCGCCCGAGUGGAGAGGCAUUUGUUGAGUUUGACUCGGAGGAAGAUCUUAAAAUUGCUGUGAAGAAAGAUCGUGAAACCAUGGGUCACCGCUACGUAGAAGUAUUCAAAUCCAAUAGUGUUGAGAUGGACUGGGUUCUGAAGCACACUGGACCAAACUGCCCAGACACAGGAGGCGAUGGUCUGGUUAGGCUUCGUGGUCUUCCCUUCGGAUGCAGCAAGGAGGAGAUUGUCCAGUUUUUUGCAGGGUUGGAAAUCGUGCCAAAUGGGAUAACAUUGCCGGUGGACUUCCAGGGGAGGAGUACGGGGGAGGCCUUCGUGCAGUUUGCUUCACAGGAUAUAGCCGAAAAGGCUCUAAAGAAACACAAGGAAAGAAUAGGGCACAGGUACAUAGAGAUCUUCAAGAGCAGUCGUGCAGAGGUGCGCACACACUAUGAACCGCAGCGUAAGGUCAUAGGGAUGCAGAGACCAGGCCCCUACGACAGGCCGGGAGGAGGCCGGGGGUACAACAGCAUGGGCCGAGGAGUCUCCUUUGAAAGAGUGAGGCGUGGAGGAUAUGGUGGAGAUGGGCGUUAUGCAGAUGGUGGCAGCUCUUUUCAGAGCACAACGGGUCACUGUGUGCACAUGAGAGGCCUUCCAUACAGAGCCACAGAGACUGACAUAUACAAUUUCUUCUCUCCACUGAACCCGGUGCGUGUUCAUCUGGAGAUCGGCCCUGAUGGGAGAGUAACAGGCGAAGCAGAUGUAGAGUUUGCCACGCAUGAGGAUGCUGUGGCUGCCAUGUCGAAGGACAAAGCCAAUAUGCAGCACCGUUAUGUGGAGCUGUUCCUAAAUUCAACAGCAGGGGGUGGAAGUGGAGGAUAUAGCGGUCAAAUGAUGGGCAGUAUGGGCAACCAGUCAUCUUAUGGACACAGCAGCCAACAGAUGGGCUCUGGCUACAGCAGUGGUUAUGGUAACCAGAGUGGCAUGGGGGGCUACAGUGACUACAGUAAUCAGGGUGGAAUGGGCAGCAGUUACUAUGGUGGAGGCAGCUGUGGAUCGAUGGGGAUGAACGGUCUCAACAGCAGCAUAGGGGGAGGCUGGGGCAUGUAGCCUCUGGAUUAAGGGGCUUUUCAUAGCUGGUUUAUAACCUUCGACAAACCUAAGUUAAAAAGUAAUUUUUUUUUAAAUUCUCCUUUCCUUUAAUGUUGGUUGUUUUCAGAGCUGUUCUUUGUAUUGUACACAUGCAAACUUCUUUAACCCUGUUGACAUUAUUGGGGAUACUUGUGAAACUACCCCUUUUUUGGGGGUAAAAAGAUGUAGUAAUUUAUGUUGAGAUAUUCUUGCUGAAAUAUGACAGCCCAUUUACCAAACUGGAGAGGUGCUAGCAAAUCUGUUUUUAUAGUUAAGAGGUGAUAAUUCCAUGCAUGCAUGUUGCUGUUGUUUAUCAGCAUUUGCUUUUUCCAAGUAAUGUACCAAACCUGUGAUGUCAGUGUUGUGCACUAAAUGGACAUUUGUCUGAUUCCUCAUUUCUUCACACAUGGGUUAAUACUUCUGAGGCAGUGUUUAUUAAACAGUACACAAUUCUAUA